AUGUCGAAAAUUCUCGUGUUAUCAGGUGAAAAUCACGGUUUCAAUGCAAGUGCCAGCAUCAUUCACGAUUUUCUCUCUGAGGAUGCUAAUAUCUCAGCGACGUUAACUGACGAUAAAGAAAUUUUAGCAUCAUCGGAGUUAAAUACCUACGAUGCGUGUGUCUUUGGCACCGGCUUCACGCGGACAGAGCGUCAAGCGGACGGUUCCACCGCUCGUGUCUCCGAUUUAGCCCCAGCUGAGGAGAACGGUUUGUUCCAAUUCGUCAGUGAAGGCAAAGGGUUGGUCGGUAUUCACGGGACUGCGUGGUGGAUCGGCGGUCGCGCCGUGGAUCUUAUCGGUGGACAUUCUAAUUGGCAUCCACCCGGCUCGACUUUUACUGUCCAUAUUGAGGAUAGCGAGCAUCCGACGACCCAAGGCAUUGAAGAUUUUGAUGUGGAAGAUGAAAUCUAUAUCUCCGCCCACGAUCCGCACAUUCACGUGUUGGCAUCUGCUGAGUGGUUCGGCAAGGCGCACCCGAUGGCAUGGGUGAAACCUUACGGUUCUGGACGCGUCUUUUACACCACUUUAGGACACGGACCGGGGACCUUUGAGCGCGCCGGAAUGCAGAAAUUCCUCACCCAAGGUGUGAAAUGGGCAGCAGCAUCGUAG